AUGUCUGACCAACCUCAGGUCUUGUCUGGCACUUAUCGUUUGGGCCCCGAGAUUGGCCGGGGCUCUUUUGCUAGUGUCUACAAGGGCCAACAUCUUGUCUCAAAGGCUCCGGUUGCCGUAAAGUCGGUCCAUCUAGCCCGCCUAAACAAGAAGCUUUUGGAAAACCUAGAGUCUGAAAUCAACAUUCUCAAGCGUAUGGCCCACCCACACAUCGUCGCUCUCAUCGACUCUUAUAAAACUCCAACCCACUUCUUUCUCAUCAUGGAAUACUGCUCCCUUGGCGACUUAUCCUACUUUUUUAAACGCCGCAAGGAAAUCUCGGACUCGCUGCCUCUCAUCAACUCUCUCUUCCAGCGAUACCCUCCACCACCACACUCUAAUGGCCUCCACGAGGACCUUGCCCGCCACUUUCUCAAGCAGCUUGCAUCCGCUCUCGAGUUUCUCCGACAACACCACCUCGUACAUCGAGACAUCAAACCACAAAAUCUCCUGCUUUGCCCGCCAAAACACACAGAGCAAGAGGCUAUCGACGCUGGCUACAAGGGCCUUUGGGAACUCCCAGUGCUUAAACUAGCCGAUUUUGGCUUUGCCCGAAUUCUCCCUUCCACCUCCAUGGCUGAAACUCUCUGCGGCUCUCCACUCUACAUGGCCCCAGAAAUCCUCCGACUCGAAAAAUACACUGCCAAAGCUGACCUCUGGUCCGUUGGUGCUGUUCUUUUUGAAAUGGUCGCAGGAAGACCCCCCUUCAAGGCCUCGUCUCAUGUCAACCUGCUGGCCCAGAUUGAACAAAUGGGCGACACUAUCGACUUCCCCGAUGACAACAACACUUCCAGAGACAUUAAGCGUCUUAUCCGGUCUCUCCUCAAAAAAGAUGCCACCCAGCGCAUGUCUUUUGCAGAGUUUUUUAACGACCCUGUCAUUGUUGAUGACAUUCGAGAUGCCGAUAGUUUAAUGGAAAACAAGCCUCUUGAUCAAUCCUUUUUGACCGAUGAUCUUUACAUUGCCGAGUAUAUCCAACUUGGCCCGAAUAAUCCAAGAGAUAGAGCUGAGCUCGAGCGUCACGGAAUGAAGCAAAGAUUACCUCCUGCUUCUAAUAGAAACCAAGGGAUGAUGAAUAACAAAUACAAGGAAAAGGACAAGCAUCAUCGGCAGCAGGAAAAUAACCAACUUACCGAAAUAACAAACUGGCAACAACAAAAACAACAGGCACAAACUAAGCCUUAUUCAAACCGCCAGUUUCAUGCAACUCUGCCCAGCAGUGAAAAUCACAAGUCAAGGGAUAAUAACGGCAGGGACGGCAGCAGCAGUAGCAGUGCAGCAGGCCACACUACUCCUCCAAAUAAUUCCAUUAAUGAAGAAGACACAAACUCAUCACAUACAUUAUCUGCGCCACCCACUCCUCCCCAUUCGGUCCCCCGAACCCUUGAAGAUGUUGACACUGCUGUGUCCAAAAACACACAUCACCACCAAGCUGACAAGACAUCUACGGACAAUAAUAAUACUUUGCAUUCAAACACUUCAACUGCUCAAGCUACAACUAAAAUCCCUGCAUUCACUGUUUCUUCUCAUUCAUGCACAUCGUCUACAUCCUCUUUUCCUGGUAGACUUCCUCAACUGACCGAACAGCAGCAGCAGCAGCAGCAGCAGCAUUCUCCAAAGCCUUCAUCUUACUCACCAAACUCUCUCGGCGAUGCUUCUCCUUCCCCAAGCUCUUCAUGGCUCGCUCAACCAUCGUCACAACAGCAUGAUAAGCGACUUGGCUCGCAUCUUUUAAAUGAUGAUGACCAUUACCCUCAGCAUAUUAAACCAACUUUGAGCUUGGAAACAAGGCAACCAACUUGCAACAAAGCUUAUGGAUCAAACCGCACUAAUAAAAAUCUACAUCUUGCUAACACCCCCGCGUUUGGUGCUGGUGCUGGCGCUGGCGCCGGCACUAAUGCAAGCAACAAUAAUGGCAAGUCCCGUGCCACUACAAAUCGUCCUUCCUCCUCCUCUUCCUCCUCCUCUCCCCCCACUGGGUUAUUUUCAAGACCUCUUGAGUCUGAAUAUGUGGUUGUCGAAAAACGCACAGUUGAGGUCAACUCUUUUGCUGAUGAGUUGACUCAUUCGCCUGUAGACCACCAUAUUAACCAUUCCAAGCCAUCUUCUCGGAAUAAUAGUGUUUCCUCUCAGUCCAGUAACAAUGCGGGGUCUUAUCAAAACCAGCAGUACCAGUACCAGUAUAACCAACAACAACAACAACUCCAGCACCGCCGCAACUCCUCCACCCGCUCUAGUCCAGGCUCUGCUGCUGUCGCCGUCGCCAUGGCUGCUGCUUCGGCAGCCGCUGCUUCUGCAGCCGCUGUUGCAGCUGCGGCCGCAGGCGGAGCUGUUGCUCGGCGUCAUCGCAAUAGUAGUUCAAGUGGCGCUCCUGGUAGUGGGGCAGACUACAAUCCCCACUAUCCUGGGCAGCUACAACAACAACAACCUCCAUCUCCCUCCUCCGAGACUUCAGUUAACAAAAACGGCGCUGCUUCUCGUCGGCUUUCGAUUGUACAUGGAUCCUCUCCUUCUAACGCACUUGCCCGCGCCUUGAGUAUGGCUUCUGCUCGCUUGUUUGGAACACGCGUGACUGACUCUGGCGAUGUUCUUACCAUUACUCCUCCACAGUUUUCACAGCGCGCACUUUCGACAACUGCAGAUGCCGAGGAGAAACGGUUUGUACGACACAUUACUAACCUUGCCACCAAGGCCAAGGCUAUUAGCAUUUUUGCUGAAGUCAAAUACUCGCAACUUUUGCCAUCUAAUGGCCAAGGAGGAUCUUGUUCCGAUGUAGACUUGUCUGCCGAUGCCAUGGUUGUUGUUGCCCACGAAGCCCUUGUCUUGUAUCUCAAGACUUUGUCUCUUUUGUCUCGGAUCAUGAAUGAAGCUGCAGCUUGGUGGAAAUCGCGCGGAGGAAAUGGCGGCAUUGGCGAUUCGUCUGCGCCUGGAAGUGCAGGCAGUACUAGCAGCAAUAGCAGUGGUGGGAGCGUUGGUAAUGCCACGACCCACUCUGGAUCUGGCGGUAUUCAUGGACCUCCGCCACAGGCGUCAAAGAAACUUGUUGAACAGGUACAGUGGAUUCGUGACAAGUUCAAUGAGAGUUUAGACAAGGCUGAAUAUGCUCAGAUGCAAAUCAAUAAGUUUUCUGGUAAUUGUACAGAAGCCGUGCUUGCGCAUUGCAAAGCAUUGACUGCGUUCACAUUGAUUUUUGACCGUGCCCUUGAAAUGUCGCGCUCUGCGGCAGUAUCAGAGGCAGCAUCUGUGGACCUUGAAGGGUCUGAGAUUUCUUACGGAACAGCCAUUUGGAUGCUUCAGUCAUUGCUGGAACCAGACGAUGAGUCCCGUGAUGUGAUUGACGUCAAUGAACGGGCUCGCAUUGUAAAGGCUAUUGACACGAUUACACACAGAUUAAAUGUGGUACGUAAGAAGAUGGCAGCUCAGCAGCAACAGCAACAGCAACAGCAAUAUCAGCAGCAAAACGCUCAUAAUGGAUUGGGAUCUUCUGGAGCUGCUCUAGGAUCUACACCAACCGGCUCGCUUCCGCGAUCAUUGCCUCAUUCACCUCUUGGAUCCACAACCACUUGUCCUUCGCCUUCUCAGCUUAGCCAUUAA